CAAGAUUUUAUACACUUUUUUUUAGAAAAUACAGUAUAAAAAUACGUAUUUUUUCUUAAUCAUGGAGAGAGAAUAGUGAAGGGAAGAGGAGUAUUUCAGAAGCCUCAGUGGCUUACUGUUUUCUCUGAUUUUGAUGCACUGCAGAAGAAGAAAAAAAAUUAAAGUUUUAAUAAAUUAACAAAUUGAAGAAAAAAAUGGCAGAAAAAGGAAUUUAUAUAGAAAGAGUUUAUGUUUUUGCUAAGCCAAAAUAAUCUCUCUAUCUCAUCUGCAUUUUGGGUUUCUCCUCUCUCUUUUUCUUUCCUCUUUCAGAUUUCAAGUUUUGACAAAAGAAAAUUAGGUGGGUUUAUUUUAUUUUUUCUAUUUUCUUAUUAUUUUAACCCUUUUUUUUAAAUUUUUUUGAUCAAUCUGCAUCUUUGAGCAUCUGGGUUAUCGAAAAUGUUUGAGUAAGGGGUUGCCGGUUUUCUUGCUAGAAGAUUGAGAUUUAUAGAUAAUGCGGUGUAAACUGCAUGCUUCAUAAGCAAAUUUAAUGGAUGAUAAUCUGAUGGCUGAUCCUGAUUCGGAGUCCAUUUUUCGCUCCGAUGCAUUGGGUUUACGGCAUAUUAGCAGCUCACUUUUCAAUAUUCCUGGUUUCCUGGUUGGGUUUAGCGCUAAGGGUUCUUCAGAUUCUGAUGCGGUACGAAGUCCUACUUCUCCUCUUGAUUUGAGAGUUUUUACGAAUCUUAGCAACCCUUUUAGUGUUAGGUCUCCUCAAUCGCCAUCCCAAAAUGGUUACCGGAAGAAAUGGGAUUGUAAUAAGAUUGAUUUAGGCAUUGUGAAUUUGCUUGCCGAUGAAAAUAAACCCAAUGGUGAAAAACUCGAGUUUCCAAAGAGAAAGAAUAUAAUAUUUAGGCCACGGAUGAAGACUGAACUUCCUUGUUCCUCGAGGUAUUCACACGAAUUCCUCGGAAAUUCUAUGAAAUCCAAUUCUUUGCCUAGGAAUUACAUAAUUUCACAACUUUUCCAAGCCAGAAAACCCGAGACCAAGUCCGGAGAUUCUAGUCUUGUCUUUGGAAAUGAGGAAGUGCCAUUAGAAACCAAACCAGAUUCCUGGCUUUCCCCUUCCUUUAUCGCUUCUACCCAAAGCUCUGAUUCGAGUCCCAAAAUUUUUUGUUCGGAGAAUAGAACCAUCGGCAUUAAUAGUUCACCUCAACUGGUAACUAAGCCAAGUUCACUUCCUACACCCCUUGGCCAUACCUCGGGAUCUCUCUCCGCGCACGAGAUAGAGCUUUCGGAAGAUUAUACUUGUAUCAUUUCUCAUGGUCCGAACCCAAAAACAACUCGCAUUUUUGGUGACUGUAUUUUGGAAUGUCACAACGAUGAGUUGACCAAUUUUGAUAAAACAGCUGAAUUAGUGCCUCGAUUCGGUAAGAACACGGAGACAUCAAGUGCUUACCCUUCUGAUGAGUUCUUGAGCUUCUGUUACUCUUGCAAGAAAAAGUUCGAGAAAGAAGAUGACAUUUAUAUGUACAGGGGGGAAAAGGCGUUUUGCAGUACUGAUUGCCGCUCCGAGGAGAUUUUUGCAGAGGAAGAAAUGGAGAAAACCGGUAAUAAGACUUCCGAUGAUUCUCCUGAGCAUAGUGACAAUGAGGAUCUCUUCGUAAUAGGUAUGCCUGUUAACAUGUAAUGGGCUAUAAUGACCGACUGCAUUUCUGCAAGGCUUCCAUGGUAAGAUCGAUAAACUUUCCGCAAAGCUUUAACACCUCGAUCAUCUAUUCGUAAAGUGCUGUUUAUGUGAAUUUAUUUGCAGCCUUUGAUGAUCGAGGCAUAAAUCGCAAGUCGCAGAUAGCACAACAUAGAUUUUUAUUUAUAAAUCCGGUGAUAGAUAUAAAUAUAUAGACCGGUGUUGCAUUAUAAUUUUGUUUAGAUGAGUUAGUAGCGGCCGGAAGCCCCGUCUCAUCGGUUUUCCUUUUUUCUAAUUUAUCUGUUAGUAUCGUUGCUCUCCUGUGAGAGUUGUUGUAUAAGCCUCUCAAACUUGAAGAACUCAUUGUCAAAACUCGAAUGUAUGCAUCGGUGUUCACUCGAUUUAAUAUGCAUUCGCUUUCGGACAACGAAAUGGAGAUCAAACUUAUUUGUCUGCCA